AUGGCAUCAGAGAUGCUAAGAGGCAUAAAAGACGAAGUUGGCAUAAGAGAAGCAAGGGAAGAGUAAGAAACACAAGGGAAGCAUAAGACACAAGAGAGGGCUAAGUACACCUCUGGUAUGAUAAUAAAACUCAUGGAUCUUUUAACUGACUUCUGUGCUUUAAAUUGAACUGAAUGUAUUUCAUGCAACCAUACAAUAUCUACAUUUAUACAUUCAUGCAUGCAUUAUAAAUGUAAUGUUAUCAGUAUUAUUCCAUAUGUUUUAUAUAUCUUACUACAGUCCCAACUACUUCAACUAUUUGACAGAUUUGCAGACUAACAAAACAUGUAUACAGAUUUUUAUUUUUUGAAUUUGACCAUUUUUAUUGAUUUUUUUUACGUUUUGUAGGGGUACAGAAAAGAAGGGUGGUUACAGGGGAAAAGCAGGUAGUUUAUGUAUACAGAUUUAGAUUGAAAAUUUUAGUAAUUUCAUUUUUUAGUGUUUGUAAAUAUUGUCAUCUAUUUAAUAGCAAAAUAAGUUUGGCAAAUAAACGUUAGUGACUUCAAUUAUUUGCAGUCUUUUGCCACUAGCUAUAUGACAAAUUUGUCAAAUGUAUCCUCCCUUACUCUUAUAGAGCUCUUCAUGUAAAUCAUAGUGUCUGCAUCCUGUUAUAAGCUGUGUGUGUCACAGACUGAGCUCAGUGAUAGGAACCAGCAGAUACUGUGUAUUGUCUGCUCUUAUUAUCCACUGAACAUAAUGAGGGCUUUCUACAUAGUGCUUCCUCUGCUGAUAUCUGUGUCAUGUAAGGAACACAUGUAUGCUGUACAUAACCAUUUUAUUUUCAGGCAUUAUACAUUACAUGUUCCUCUUAAAUUGUUAUAUUUGUUUCUUUUACAGAUGUUCUUUCCCAGACAGUUAUUCUGGACCAACCUGGAUCUGCAGUUGUGAAACCCUCUGAAACCCUGAAAAUCCCAUGUAAAGUCUCAGUGUCUGUUACUAGUGCUCACUGGGCUUGGGUCAGACAGAAAGCAGGGUCAGCACUGGAAUAUAUUGGGUAUAUUGCUAUUGGUGGGGGCACUUUUUGUGCCUCGAUCUUCCAAGGAAAAGUAACUUUCACCAGAGACACAUCAAAAAAUGAACUUUACUUUGAAAUGCCAAAUAUGAGAAGUGAGGAUUCUGGGACAUAUUACUGUGCGAGAGACACUGUGACCGAAGGAAAUCAAAACUCGUUAUAA